AUGUCGGUAGCAGGAACAUCGCUGUUGUGGGUUAACCAGCACACGGCGCAAGAGGCGGCGCCGCUCGAGCUGGCGUGCACUGGGUGCAAGGCUGCGCACCGGACGAUUCACACUUGCCGGCCCGCGCUAAACCCCGACGAGAUUGUGACGGCGAUCGUCUGCGACGGCUGCGACGGCGACUUCGAGCUGCCGCCGGGCGUGCCUGUUCCAGACGGCGAGUGGUAUUGCGCGGCGUGCUGUGUUGGCGAGCGGGAAGGGGCACCGAAACCGGUGCAGGCGGUGGCGGAGGGGCUUCAACUGCACUUGUCUAGCAGCAGCCGGACGGGCUACACGGGCGUGUCGCUCCAUCGCGCCUCUCGCCGCUUCCAUGCGUUUCGCAGAGAGGGUUGCAAGAGCGUCUACAUCGGCACCUACUGCACGGCAGUGGAGGCGGCGGUGGCCUACGCGAGGGCGGCCGAGCAGGCGGGGGCAGGAUUCGCCGAGCCGGCGGAGCUGCCGUCGUCGUCUGUGGAUUCGCCGAGGGCGGCCGAGCAGGUGCGGGCAGGAUUCGCCGAGGCACCGUCAGUGGCUGCGUCAGUGGCACAAGAGGCAGAGGGGCUGCGCCUGCACCUCUCGAGCACCAACAGCACCGGCUACACGGGCGUGUCCUGGACCGGCUCCCGCUUUGCGGUUGAGAUCAAGUUGAAUGGGAGGCGGGUCCACUUGGGCACUUUCGACACGGCGGUCGAGGCGGCGGUGGCGUACGCGCGGGCGGGCGGGGAGGCUCCGGCGGUGGUGGCAGAUGCGGGAGGGGUGCGGUUGCACCUGUCUAGCCGCAAUCCCACCGGCUACCGCGGUGUGACCAAGGGUUGCGGCCGCUUCCGGGUUGAGAUCAAGUUGAAUGGGAGGCGGGUCCACUUGGGCACUUUCGACACGGCGGUCGAGGCGGCGGUGGCGUACGCGCGGGCGGGCGGGGAGGGGCUGACGCCGGCCUCACGCGGCAAGGGGACCAAGCGCCCUCGCGAGCUCGGCUGCUUUUGCGGCACCGACCGCCACCUGCCGACCAACAACCUGCCGUUUGAGGGCGUGUGGAUCAGCUGCGACGCGUGCGGCCGCUGGUGCCACGGCGAGUGCGCCGGUGUGGACAAGCAGCAGGCCGAGGAGGCGGAGGAGUACACUGAGGCAGGUAGCAUGCCCCCUCCGGAGUACACCUGCCCGCUCUGCGCUGCCACCGACCAGAGCGCGGGCGCGUCCUCCGAUGGCGGCUCGCCGCUCAUCGUUGCUGCCGUCGUGAGCGACGGCGACGGCUCCGACGACGACGACUCUGCAGACGGCGCAGAGUGGGUCGACGCGGAGGUGGUCGAGAUGGCGUUCGACGGGACGAACGCCGUGGAGGUGGAGGAGGAGGAGGGGCAGCCCGCCGCGUGGCUCCGCGCGACCGUGACGGCCGUGCUGGAGGACGGUUGGUUUCAGGCGCUGGUCCGCACGCCGUCCGACGAGGCCGGAUGGCACGACUGGUUCUCGUGGCGCGAGGAGGGCACCGACUGGCGGCGCGCGGCCGAGCCAGCGGCGCCAUCGAGCCAGCGAGGCGGUGCGAUCGAGGCGGCGCCUGCGGGCCCGGCGCCGUGGUCGCGGGCCGAGGAGCAGCACCUUAGCGAGGCGAUCCGCGAGUCCAUGCCCGCGAUCCACGCGCGCUUCGCCGCAAAGGAAGGCGGCAGCACCGCCCGCUCGGCUGAGGAGCUAAUGGGUCGCUUCGUCGCGGCCGCGCGCUGGCAACGCGCUGAGGCGGCCGCGCGCUGA